UAAGUCACAGCCGGCCAGUAUAUAACUGUGCCGGACAACUGCUAGCAGGUACGUUUAGUUCCUUGUUUCAUCCUUAACAGCUCGUUCGAUAGAGUUCGAUCCCCGUUCCAGCUAUAGGAAGUGACCAAAGCCGUUUGGAUCAUCAUGCAGACCGUUCUGUUCCUCGCCGCUAUUGCGCUGUUCGUUGCGCUGGCCUACGGUCAGGCAACCACCUGUGUCCGUGACGAUACCGACGGACGCCCGCUGUGCAAUGCGGCCGAAGUGACCGCACGCCUGUGGCGCAACAACUGGGACCCGACCGCGUACUGGGAGUGUACGGCUGCGGGCGUGCCGGCUGUGGCCCGCCGUUGCCCGACCGAGGGAAUGUUCGACAGCGCUACCCGCACCUGCAUCAACUGGUUCGACUGGGUGUGGACUCCAACGUGCAAACCACCCAGCGCGCUGAUGUGAGCCACCUAACCCGACCGAGUUAGUAGGGCCUGCUGCCUUACUCCACGGUCCACCAACACAUCCCGCAAGGCAAACACACACACACAAAAUAAAGGCUGUAGAUUAGAGAGUUUGGCCAAUUGUUUUA